CUUUGACCUUUUUUUGUCUUAUGAAAAGCUAACACUCUAGCAUACAUGACUAGAUAAAGAUAAUCGAAAAAUAGCAUCAUGAGAUCUGGUGGCUCGAUUCAUGGGGUAGUCCAAAGUGGGCUCGCUUCGGAAACCAGCAACCGAUAGGGUUGACGGUAUACGAGUUUUGACUCAGUUGGCCCUGUCAGCUAACUUCCUCCGGAUUAGAAUCGAAACCCCAAUGUCAGGGAUCGUGAUCCUUUAAGAACUGUAAUGACAAUUAACCCUCGAUGAUGCAUGUCGUGGAACAAAUAACUGGCAGGGAUAAGAAAAAAAAAUCUUUUCUUGUCUUUCGCUUCUCACACCCUCAAACCAAAGAUGGCUACUGUCAAACGUCGAGAUGUCUAUGGAUUCAACGGCAGCUAUCGUGCUGGUGGGUGUGUUUGGUGCGCUGAGCGAGGCGUUGAUGCUUUUGCGCCUGGUGAUGCGGAGAUGUCGCGGUCAACAUUUGAUUCUUAGUGAUUAUCUCACUAUCGCUUGCAUUGGCCUAGUGCUUGCCCGUUCUGCAUUCGCGACAGUCAUCUUGGUCUGGGGAAAUAACCAUAUGGAUCGAUCUGUUACAGAUAUAAGCUCGACUGAGAUCUACCGUCGCCAGGUCGGCAGCAAGCUGACGUUAGUUAACCGUCUGGUAUACAACGUUUAUCUUUGGCUGCAAAAGGCCGUGGUCCUGCUUCUCUGUCAACGAAUCCUCGCUGGCCUUCCGUGGCCGGAACGAAUAAUCAAAGCAUGCUGGACCUUGCUCGUUGCCAGCUUUGCAGCAGUUCAGAUCACUACCUUUGUUGACUGUCGACCUCUGCACCUGUACUGGCAAGUCAUGCCUGAUCCAGGGUCAUGCAUCGAAGCUCACACUCAACUCGUCACUCUUAUUUCUAUGAACAUCUCGACCGAUACCAUGUUAAUGAUGCUGCCCAUGCCAUGGAUACUCAGGGUAAAAACAUCAUGGAUGCGCCGUCUCCAACUCGUCGGACUGUUUGCUAUCGGACUACUACUCAUUGCGAUAGCCAUCGUACGCCUUCCAUCAUUCGAUGAUAAUACCUCUCAGCUGAACCGAAACACCUGGGGGUCUGUAGAGGAAUUUCUCGCUGCAUUCGUCGCUAAUGUGCCUACCUUAUAUACCCUGCGACGAAGAGCCGAAAAGCGCUACCCCACAUACUACAGCCACGGUGCAUCUGAGGGACGGGUGGGUGGUUCACGGCAACUGCCUUUCAAUGAAGGGAUACUGGUCACGAAUAGUGUUCAACUGGAGUAUAUGGUUGAUGACAGACACAAAUCGCAGGGCUCGGACCAUAACGUUGUAAGACAGAAUAGUGAUGAGCACCUGGUGGGGAAUGAGCGAUGGCAGUGACAUGAUAUUCAUUUUGUAAUUUCUCCUGGACCAAUUACUUCGUCGCGAACCCCUUUCCCUUUUCCACGACACGGCUGCCUACCCAGGGUCUUGGCCUGCUGUGGUUUGGCCUUUUUUUCUGACUCUCCGUGGAAGGGUUAUGAUUGCUAUAUGUGUGUAUCUGUGUGUAUCUGGUGGGAUUGCCCGUGGUUCACCGGUAUGGUACGAUGUAUAGUAUAAUUUGGUAUUAAUGGAUCUU